CUGGGGUGCAGCCCCCCGCCGGGCGGGCCCCUGCCUCCUCCGGGUCUCUCCAGGCGGUGGUAACUCGGGACUCUCCCAACCGGCGAGGACACGACACCCCAGGAACCCCCGGUGCAGGGUCCUGGCUGGGAUUCGGUGCCCAGUGAUGCUCCUGGCCCCGGUUUUUCCUUCCAUAACCUAAAAAUGUCAGGAUUUUCUCAUUUUCUAGCAGGAUCUCUCCUAAAAUCCCCUCGGGGCGGUCCCGGCUGAUGUUACCGGGCCCCCACCCCAGCUCGGCAGCACCCGGUUCCAGCUCCUCUCCCUCCCUGGCACAUCAGCAGGGGCCCGGUGUCCUGGUUUCCCCUGGGGAGAAGAUGCCGCUAACCCUGACCGGGGCCUCACCCCGAGUCCUCCCACGCGCCGCCAGGCUGCCCUGCCUGCUCUGCCCGUUACCUGCCCGCCUUCCGUUUGCGGCACGGCCAUCCCAUCCCGGUUAAGCGGGAAUUGGGGCACGCUCCCGCCUUGGCUUGCGAAACCAGCCCCGGUGGUUCCUCUUUCCACCCUCCGCCGGAGCGAAGCCGGCUUGUCCUUCACCUAAAUCUCUGCUCUGCAUUGGGGACUUGCCUCCCAGGGGGCGGGGACCCCCCGUCGCCCCCGCCCCCCAUCCCAGCCCCUUGGAGCCUGGGCUCAGCUCCCCACGGUGGGGAGGGGGAAACCGGCUUGUGCCCGAUGCCAGGAGGUGCCAACGUGAAAGGGAAGGAAGAGCUGGGAUGCGCUGACCCCACGGCAGGGGCGGCUUCCCCGCGCAGCAAUGGUGACGGUGGCAGCGCUGGGCUGCUUCUCCCUCCCUGUGCCCGCUGUGGUGCCCGUCGGGAACCUUUUUAAGGCACAAAGCAUGUUUCAGACCUUGUACAGCUAUUUUUGGUGGGAACGGCUCUGGCUCCCAGCAAACCUCACCUGGGCCGACCUGGAGGACCGGGAUGGACGAGUCUAUGCCAAAGCCUCCGAUCUCUACAUCACCCUCCCCUUGGCCUUCCUCUUCCUCGUCAUCCGGCACCUCUUUGAGACGUACGUGGCCACCCCACUGGCUGGGCUACUGAAUGUCAAGGAGAAGAUCAGGUUAAAAGCCACCCCCAAUGCCGUGCUGGAGAAAUUUUAUGCUGCCACCACCAAACACCCCAAGCAGGCUGACGUGGAGAUGCUUUCCAAGAAGAGCGGUUGCACGGUGCGGCAGGUGGAGCGCUGGUUUCGUCGCCGCCGCAACCAAGACCGGCCCAGCCUGCUCAAGAAGUUCAGGGAGGCCAGUUGGCGAUUCACGUUUUACCUUAUUGCUUUCAUUGCUGGCAUGGCUGUCAUAGUGGAUAAACCCUGGUUCUACGACCUCCGGGAGGUGUGGAAGGGAUACCCCAUCCAGAGCAUGCUGCCCUCCCAGUACUGGUACUACAUGAUUGAGCUCUCCUUUUACUGGUCCCUGCUCUUCAGCAUCGCCUCUGACGUCAAGCGCAAGGACUUCAAAGAGCAAAUCAUCCACCAUGUUGCCACCAUCAUCCUCAUCAGCUUCUCCUGGUUCGCCAACUACAUCCGUGCAGGGACGCUCAUCAUGGCCCUGCAUGACUCGUCAGACUAUCUGCUGGAGUCCGCCAAGAUGUUUAACUAUGCCGGCUGGAGAAACACCUGCAACAACAUCUUCAUUGUCUUCGCCGCUGUCUUCAUUGUCACCCGCCUUGUCAUCCUGCCCUUUUGGAUCAUGCACUGCACGGUGGUUUAUCCGCUGGAUCUCUACCCUGCCUUCUUUGGCUACUACUUUUUCAACUUCAUGAUGGUGGUGCUGCAGUCGCUGCACAUCUUCUGGGCCUACCUCAUCAUCCGCAUGGCCCAGAAGUUCAUAACUGGAAAGGUGGUGGAGGACGAGAGGAGCGACCGUGAAGAGACGGACAACUCGGAGGAGGAGGAGGAGGCGGCGAAGAACGGGCCCCUCUCCAACGGCCACCCUGUCCUCAACAACAACCACCGCAAAACCGACUGAGUGCCCUCGCCCUGUCUCUGUGCUGGCAGGGGCGGCCGGGGGCCCCGCUGGAGGCCAAACCCGUGAGAUGACAAAUCCCACCAAUGCCACCCUCACGUAGCGCCAAGGUCCCCGUUCCCUCCAUCCUCUCCCCUCCCUAGUCCAGUGGAGCAAACUGGGACCCCAGAGAGCCCGUCUCAGCCCCCAGCCCCCUCUGUCACCUCCUCCGGAGAGGAGCCAGGGCUCUGGGGGUGGCAACGGUUGCUGCUUCUCCGCCUCACGCUCACCGUUGGUGCCCUUUCUGCCUUUCACCUGCUGCCUUAAUCCACUGUGGUGCCCUGGGACAGGCAGAGCGAGGAUGGCUCCCACCAGCAUCCCUCUGGGAUGGCUCAUUCCCCUCCUCACAGCCCCCUCGGAUCCGCUGUGGCUGGAGAGCUUGGCUCCAGUCCCUCACUGGGCUCCAGCCCUGCGUUAUUCCCCCCUUUUCCUGACCAUCCCCUCGCCAGAGGGGAGCGUGUCCUGCAGUGACCUCUUCAAACACCGGGAAAAAGCCUUUUCCCCGACCCCGUCCGGCUUCACUGCCGGCACCGAGUGAGGGAGGGCAGUGGAAAAGCCGAAAAGCUGGUGCAGUCCCUGCUCCGCUGCCCUCGGAGGGCUGGGAGGGAGGAGUGGAUGAAGUCCUGGGUGUUUUAGUGGCUGAAUAUUGAGAUGACACUAUGGAAGCACGCGGGGGAAGGAAGCUGCGGGGUUUAGUCACUACUAGUGUCUCACGGAGAAGUUUAAUCCCCUUAUUUCUCUUCUGUAAAUGGGUUUCAAGUCUCUCCCUCUCUGUGGCCUCUCCUGGUCCCUUCCCCAACUGUAA